GCAAUUGUUCGACCCGAAAUUGAGAUCAGAAAAUGGAAUCGAAGCAAACCCUAGUUUCAGAGAAGGAGACGAAUCACCUGAAUUGUGAAGAAGAAGAAGAAAGAAAUGCGGAGGAGUCUGAAACAUCAGUAAAUGGGAAAGAAAUACUGAAAGCAAUAGAAAUUGUAGAGAGAGAUUCAAUGGCCAUCGCAAAUAGCUACACUUGUCUUUUUGCUUCUCUACGCUCUACUCUAUCUCAGGUUACUAGUACUUCUGUUGAUCACAUGAACUGCUUUGGUGAUGCAGCAGGACGAGUUCAAGAAUGCGCACUUGAUGCAGCAACGAAAGGAAACCAUUAUAUAAACUCCUGCCUAAGAUUGAAUGAGGAAAUGAGAGGAAUUGAUAAUCUUGCGACACAGCUGAAAAUCAUCCGGAGAAACGUAGAUGCAUUGGACUCGGCAGUAAAUAGGCUAGUUCGUUUCCCAUGAGGGGAUCAGUCUUGAUGAACAAUGUCGACUAGGCGACCUGCACAUAUUUUCUGGUGCCCACAACUGUUUUAAUUAUGAGUGAGAUGCUGGUGAAGCCUUAAAUCUUUGGAAGGAUUGAUGAUAAACAAUGUGUUACCGAAUGAAUUGCAAGGCAGAUACGUUUUCUAAUCCAUAGAAAGCUUUCGACAUUGUUCCUUUUCUUCAGCUUUGAAGACAACUUUUACCCCGCAAGAUCUUUGUAUGAUUUCUCCUACUGUUACUCCAUUUACAUAACCUUUGUUUGGUAGACUUGUUAUGUGAAGAACAAUUGAACUAAUCUGAUUUGUUGUAGAUCUGA